CCGGACUCCAGGGGACUUGGUGUCCUCUCUCCUUGCCUCCCUGCUGCUGCUUGAGAGAGGCAUGUUCUCUCCGUCCUCCCCGCCCGCCGGGCUGUUGGAGAAGGCCUUCCGGUACAUCGAUCUCCAUCAGAAUGAGUUUGUACAGACGCUGAAGGAGUGGGUGGCUGUGGAGAGCGACUCGGUUCAGCCCCAGCCCCGCCUCAGACGGGAACUCUUCAGAAUGAUGACGCUGGCUGCGGACAGGCUCCGGCGCCUGGGAGCCAGCGUGGACUCCGUGGACCCGGGUGUUCAGCAGCUGCCUAAUGGUCAGAGUCUCCCGAUACCUCCCAUCAUCCUGGCUGAACUGGGGAAUGAUCCAAAGAAACCCACUGUGUGCUUCUAUGGCCACUUGGAUGUGCAGCCUGCUAGACAGGAAGAUGGGUGGCUCACAGACCCUUACACGCUGACGGAAGUGGAUGGAAAACUUUACGGACGGGGAGCAACAGACAAUAAAGGCCCUGUUUUGGCAUGGAUUAAUGCCGUGAGCACCUUCAGAUCCCUGGAGGAAGAUCUCCCUGUGAAUAUCAAAUUCGUCAUUGAAGGGAUGGAAGAAGCCGGUUCCGUUGGCCUGGAGGAACUGGUCAGAAAGGAGAAGGACCAGUUCUUUUCCAGUGUAGACUACAUCGUUAUUUCAGAUAAUCUGUGGCUCAGCCAGAGGAAGCCAGCCCUCACUUAUGGCACGCGAGGAAACAGCUACUUCAGGGUGGAGGUGAGAUGCAGAGAUCAAGAUUUUCAUUCAGGAACCUUUGGGGGUAUCCUCAGUGAACCCAUGGCUGAUUUGGUUGCUCUUCUUGGUAGCCUUGUAGACUCCUCUGGUCAUAUUCUGAUCCCUGGAAUCUAUGACCAAGUGGCCCCUCUUACUGAAGAGGAGAGAAAGAUGUAUGAAGCCAUCGAUCUGGACCUAGAAGAAUACCGGAAGAGCGUCCAGGUUAAGAGAUUUCUGUUUGACACCAAGGAGGAGAUUCUAAUGCACCUAUGGAGGUACCCAUCUCUUUCAAUCCAUGGGAUUGAGGGCGCAUUUGAUGAGCCUGGAGCUAAAACAGUCAUCCCUGGCCAAGUUAUAGGAAAAUUUUCAAUCCGUCUCGUCCCUCACAUGAAUACAUCUGUGGUGGAAAAACAGGUAACAAAUCAUCUUGAAUAUAUAUUCUCCAAAAGAAAUAGUUCCAACCAGAUGGCUGUUUCUAUGACGCUAGGACUACAGCCAUGGAUCGCAAAUAUUAAAGAUAAACAGUAUCUGGCAGCAAAAAGAGCCAUCAAAACAGUGUUUGGAACAGAGCCAGACAUGAUCCGGGAUGGAUCAACCAUACCAAUUGCCAGAAUAUUCCAGGAUACCAUCCAAAAGAGUGUGAUGAUGCUCCCGCUGGGCACUGUUGAUGAUGGGGAGCACUCUCAGAAUGAGAAAAUCAACAGGUGGAACUACAUAGAGGGAUCCAAAUUAUUUGCUGCCUUUUUCCUAGAGAUGGCUAAGCUGCAUUACUAGUGACAGGAGCCUUCCAGCUUAGAUCUGACCUACUGACAGAUACCCUCUCCCACACACCUGCGCAGGAACAGAAUCUAAAGAUCCAGAGCAUUUCAGUCCAGGAAAUAAUGUUUUUCCUUCCCAUUUAAAAUGUCUUAGGACAUUUGGACCAGUAAUAAAAUAUUUUAAAGUCACAGACAUUGGAAAUGGCAUACUGUCCCCAUGGCACACCUUUCCAAAGUCAUCACUACCAGCAACAUCUCCCCAGGUCAGCUGCAGGAGCCCUGGGGCUGGACUCUUUCCUUGGAGCACCAGGACGGUUCUUCCAUUAGACUCUCCCUGGCAGUUCGAUGGGUCUGAUCCCUGCAGUGUGCUUUUAGGUUCUGAGGUGCUCCUGACGCAUCAUUAUUCCAUACAGUGUGCAGAUCACCCUUGCUCUUACCACACAUUCCUCUUAUUAGUAAAACUGCUGGUCUCACUGGCUACCAUGAUUUCCCUGGGGGUUCAUUUGUAGAGGAGUAACUAAAGCAUGAUGCUGUAUUAACCUCUUGCUUCCCCUUCAUUUAUUUUGCCUGCUUCUUCGAAAGUUCUGAAACAGAAAUGAGCAAUAGUCAUAUCCUUAUGCCAUUUGGGAUUCCCUGUGUGAAGAUGAGCACUUUUUCCAUUCCAAGGCUCUUUACCUUUCUUGGAUUGAUGCCAACCGACCACCCCUCCUGCACCCUAUUCUUUCUACUCCAUCGCUGAAGGCCCCCCCACCAACAUCUGCGCAUGUAAAGUCACCACCACGGAAUCAAUUCUGAUAGAAUUUCUCUCACCCUGUUGGAAUUUUACUCAGUACAUCUAAAUUUCUAAAUUGCUUAAAGCUUUUAAUAGCAUCAGUUUUAGAUAGAGAACGAAUCUAAUCAGCCCUGACAUCAGUAACACAUUCUAAAUUUAAAGCCAUCAGCUAAUGCUGCAUUCAAUUCAGUAAUCAUUUUAGUUAACCAUCUUGUUUGGCUUGAUUACAUUUGAUGGUGUAAACAAACAAACAAAAAGAAUAUAAUUUUUCUACAGUUGAGUGUAUGUAAACAAAUCAAUUCAAUCUUUAUAAAUUCAUUACUUGGAUCACAUUAAUGGAGAAGAAUUUAAGAGUUUAUUAAAAAUGUUUCUCUUAUGAUUCCAAAUAAAAUCAAAGCGUAACACAUUUAAUCUCUUUGUGGGUUCUUGAAAUGUCAGUUUUAAAAUUUGCAACACCACAUCCGAAAGGGCUGCACUAUAGGGCCAGCGAUUCAGCUUUUACCCUGAGUCUCGUCCCAGAAAUGGGACUCAAGGGGCGCCUGGGC